GGAGGGUCAGUCUGUCCCCCUGGCACACAGGAGACAUAGCAAGGCCCCUCAGAUACUGUACACAUGGAAAACCGUUGGUUAGAGUUGGAUGCAGGCUACUGGUAGGUCCGUGGGGGUGGGGCCUGCACCCAUGGGGAAUGGGGUUCCUGCCCUCAUACCUGAAGACCCAGCCUUGCAGCCAGCUACCCUGUCCCUUCCCUGCUAACAGCUUCACAGGCAACAGGAAACCAAGCCCUGUCAGGGAGGCAGGCGGAGGCCGGCACCCGGCAAGCUCUUGGCUAGGAAGGCACAGGCCUUUAGGACCAAUCUCUGUGUUUCUGAGUGACUGCAGAGAAUGGCCUUAGCCUGUUCUGUAGUCUUCAGGGUGAGUAACCCCAGGGCCUGACUGUAUUGUCCCCAGUGUUGGUGAUCAUCUGCCUUGGAGGCCAUGCUUUUGGGGUGCAGUGCUUAGUAUUGGAGAGAGACUUGCAGGUGACGAUAGACACCUACUUCUACCUGUCUGCCUGUUACCAACACAGCCGUUCUCAUUUGUCGUCAGAGCCAGCAACUGUGAGAACUUCAUGAUGGUGAUCCCGGCACUUGGUAGGCAGAGGUCUCUGAGAGUUGGAGACCAGCCUCAUCUACAGAGCGAGUUCCAGGACGGCCAGGGUCACACAAAAACCCUGAGUAGGAAAUUUAAAAAAAGGGUGGGGGGUUCUUUGGUGUGUCCAUGCCAAAGCAUGCAUGUGAUGUCAGUCAGGUGUCUCCUAUCAUGUGGCACUCAGUGAUGGAACUAGACUCUUCAAAUUCGGGGGUAUGUGCCUUUACCAGGCCAGCCAUCAUGGCUGGCCCAUCUUCAAGGACACUGAUUCACCUAUAUAAAGGUCCUCAUUUUUGACUGGGGCUGGGGGGGGGGGAGUGGAGUAGAAUACGCUCAGAAACAAGCUGUGUGCCCUUGGGUGAAGGUCGUGGCACCGCAUUUAAUCCCAGCACUCAGGAGGCAGAGGCAGGUGGAUCUCGAGUUAGGGGCCAGCCUGGGCUACAGAAUGAGUUCCAGGACAGCCAGGGAUAACAAACGCUGUUUCAGAAAAAGUGUGUAGCCAGGAAGCAGCCAUGCCAUUCUAUUUAGCAUCUUGUCUCUGGAAGAAUGGUCCAGAAUUUCAAGAUCACACCCUGGCUCAGCCUUGCUAUAUGGAAAACGUGACUCCAUGUCCUUGGGUGGUUUCUUCACUAUGUGCACGCUCUCCAUUAUAGCCCAUGGCACCUUUGAAGUCAGCAACCCACAAAAGGGCUAAAUAAUGGGGCAGGGACUCUCAAGCCUGUUAUACUGGCCCUUGAGAAGGCAGGAGAGUCAGUUCAAGGCCAGCUAUAGCUAGGUAGUAAGGCAUGGGUAGUAUGGAUUUGCACAGCCGUAGCUUCCCUCUUGUACUUUGUGCCUGCGGUGACAUGAUGCCCUUUGGGGCAUGGCUACUUGACACUGAGUGUCCUUUCCUGGCCUAGACUUGGUGUGGUCCAGGGACACUGCAGGGCCCAGACACCCCACAGAGAAUAACUUGAGCCUGUGCUAACCUGGCCCAUCCCCAGCAUGUUAUACACCAGUGCUGGGUUUGGUUUGGUUAUUUUGAGACAGGAUUUCUCUAUGUAGACCAGGCUGGCAUAAAACAGAUCUGCCUCCCAAGUGCUGGGAAUAAAGGCGUGUGCCAUCACUGCUCAGCAAUGUUUUUGGCUUUCAAUGUCAGGGCAGGAAAUGGUUCCGUGCUUAAGCGCAUUGGCUGUUCUUCUAGAGGACCCAGGUUCUGUUCCUAGCACCCACUCAGUGGCUCAACUAACUCCAGUUCCAGAGAAUGUGAUGUCCCAUUCUGGCCUCCUACAGCACUGCGCAUGGUGCAUAGACACACAUGCCGGCAAAAAGUAAUAAACUUGAGUCCCAGCCCAGGGGAUGCAGAGGCAGGAGGAUCUCUGAGUUCAAGGACAGCCUGGUCUACAGAGUGAAUUACUGGGAAGCCAGGGCUACACACAGAGAGAAAAGGGAAAAUGACCGGAGGUUGUGUAGAUUUCCCUAUGUCUCCUUCCUGCAAGCAAAAUUUGUUUUUAAAAUGCUGCUGUCUCCAGCCCCCAAGGCUUGCAGCAUCCGGCCCUCAUUCUGAAAACAACCCUGGUGUGAGUCCUGACCAGCCCCGAUGUGAGCCUUGCAGGUUCUCCUUGCAGGAACAGGAUGAAAUGUCCCUAAGUCUCAGUUGGGGCCAGCACUCUGGUGUGGGCCAUUCAUUCACAAAGUGGGCAGACAGAGCCCUUUCCCCAGGAACUGGGGCUGCAGAUGGAGCUGCAAGGAGCUCCAAAAUUCCACUGUGUUAGACCUAUUCUCAGGGGUGUCUGAUAUCUGCUUCUCCUGUUCCAUUCAAGAUCCAAACCACAGAACCAGUUUCACUCCUGCCAUCCCAACACUAGGAAGACUAACGGAAGUUCAGGGCCAGAGUGGACUAUAUAGCUAGGCCCUGUCUCAAGAAUUCAGACGAGAAAGGCCAAUGGCCGGAUGGUGGUGGGGCACGCCUUUAAUCCCAGCUCUCGGGAGGCAGAGGCAGGUGGAUCUUUGAGUUCGAGGCCAGCCUGGUGUGUAAGAGCUAGUUCCAGGACAGGCUUCAAAGCUACAGACAAACCCUGUCUCAGGGAACCAAACAAACAAAAAAACAAAACCCUUCACUGCAAACUUCCCUGGUGCUUGUUACAGUUCACCUCCUACAGACCCACCAUGAACUGCUUUCCUUCAGCUAACUGCCUUUCCCUGGGAUAUUUUAGAGCUGUGGUCCUAGCAUAUUCUUUUGCAUCCUUUGGGCUCUCUUAAUACGAUGUCAUCGUACACAGUUCGUUUUGAUUGCUGCGUGGUUCUGCACUGUAUGGACAAACCACGGCAUUUCUAUCUGCUCAUCAAUGUUAAGGGUUGGAGUUUGUGGAGGCCCAGAUGUGUAAGCCUAUUUCCACCUCGAGCAGGGGUCAGAGAGCUGGAACUUCUGUUCCUUUAAGAUUAUUGUCUGUUUCUCAAACAGAGGUCCCGCCUAGAUUUGGUGGGAGAGGUUAUUGUCAAUAGGGUUGGCUAAUAUACAGACCUUGUAUUUCAGGGAUAGAAAAUCCAAGGAUCCACUAAGUUCCUAUUCUUUAGGGAGAUGACGUAGGGAGUGGUUUGCCUGCAGGAUGUUUUGGUCUAGAAUGUGGGUGUGACUUGCCCUCUUGUAGCAACAGAGUGUUUAUCUAAGAAGGAAGCCUGAAACCUUCAAUUGGUCUGUUCAUUUCCUUUUAUUAUGUAUGCUAAUGCAGGUUUCUUUUCAGCUGCUCCUACCUUUUGGUGUCAGGGGUAUUUUAAGCAAUUGGAAAUUAAAUGCAGGUGAUUUUAGUACUCACUGUAACUCCCUCCUCAUACUAUCCUAUGCUUCUGUUUUAUUAUUUUUCUUGCGUCUUUGUAUCCUUUACUAACUCUUCUGAUCCCAAUGCCCCUGCCCUGGUAAGUGGUAUUUUUCUCGAAGCUCGUCUCUGACAGAAGUUUGGGAAUUUUGUAAUAUAUGUCAUUUUUUUUAUAAAAUUUGCUUAUUUUUAUGGUUUUAUUUAAUUUUUUUAUUUUAUGUGCAUUGGUGUGAAGGUGUCAGAUCCCCUGGAACUGAAGUUACAGACAGUUGUGAGCUGCCAUGUGGAUGCUGGGAAUUGAACCCGGGUCCUCUGGAAGAGCAGUCAGUGCUCUUAACCUCUGAGCCAUCUCUCCAGCCCUAUGUGUCAUUUUUUGUUUGUUUCUUUUAUGUUUUCUUAGUUUGGGUUUCUGUUGCUGUGAAGAGGCACCGUGACCACGGCAACUUUUUUGUUCUUGAGACAGAGUUCUCUGAGUAGCCAUGGCCUACUUUGUAGACCAGGCUCUCCUUGAACUUGGAGAUCCACCUAUUUUCCCCGCCUGAAAGUUGGGGUAAAAGGUGUGUGCCACUCUGCCUGAUUUAUCCCAACUCUCAUUUUAAAAUUUAUUAUUUUUAGGAUGUGCAUUGUGUGCACCAUCAGUAUGCAGGUGUCUGUGCAAUAUGGUGCAUGUGUAAAGGUCAGAGGUCAAUCUUUUUUUUUUUAAAGAUGUAUUUAUUAUGUAUCCAGUGUGUGCCAGCUUGUGUGCCUGCAAGGCAGAAAAGGACACCAGAUCCCAGUACAGAUGGUUGUGAGCCACAUUGUGAUGGCUGGAAAUUGAUCUCAGGACCUCUGGAAGGACAGUCAGUGCUCUUAACCUCUGAGCCAUCUCUCCAUCCCCCAGAGGUUAAUCUUAUAGAGUCAGUUCUACCUUUGGGACCAGGGAUCACACUUAGCACAUCAUUCUUUUUUUUUUAAUAUUUAUUUAUUAUGUAUACUAUAUUCUGUCUGUGUGUGUUUUUGCAGGCCAGAAGAGGGCACCAGAUCUCAUUACAGAUGGUUGUGAGCCACCAUGUGGUUGCUGGGAAUUGAACUCAGGACCUUGGAAGAGCAGGCAGUGCUCUUAACCGCUGAGCCAUCUCUCCAGCCCUCAGUCAUCAUUCUUGUGAUGCCAAGAUCCUUUGACCCACUGAAGAUUUCAGUGCUCCCAUCUCCCUGCCCUGUAGCCAUCACGUGGCCUUGCCAGAUCUUAACCACAGAAAGUAAAAGGCCGACCUUGAAAUCCUCACCUCCCCCCACUUUCCAGGUUGCUGAAUCUUUUUAAAAAGUAAGGUGAUCAGUUCAGAGAAUCUGUUGUAGUGACAAGAAGUUGAGCCCAGCGGCGAGGGUGUGCCGCAGGCCCCAUCUGACGCUUCUGUUAGCCUUGGAGGGAAGUUCUUCGUGUGACGGCAGGUAAGGUUCUUUAGAGAGGGUUUUGUCUGGAACAUCCCGACUCUCCAACAACAGCUAAGCAGGUCUAAUUGAUCCAGUCAAUGGAAUAACACUUAGCAAUAAAAAAAGAAACCAGGACUAGACACAUGGCUUGGCAGUUAAGAGUACUAGCGGCUCCUGUGCAGGACACGUGUUUGGUGUGAUGUGCAGGGGGAUCGAUCAGCCCUUCUUCUGACCUUGGUCACCAGGUCAGAAGCGCAACAGGGCGCAUAGAUAUACUUGUGGAUAAAGCACUCACACACGUAAAAUUAAACCAAAUCGCCAUGUGGUGGUGGCACACAACUUUGAUCACUCUGGAAGAAGAGACAGGAGGAUCUCUGAGCUUGAGACCUGCCUGCCUACGGAGUGAGUUCCAGGAAAACCAGGACUACACAGAGAAACCCUGUCUUGAACAAAAAAAAAAAAAAAGGGAAAAAAGAGAAAAAGGUAAUAAAGCAUACGGGUAGUGCCCAUGUUGUUGGCAUCUAUAGUCUGUUCAGGUGCCACGCCAUUUCAGGAGACGGUUCCUGGGCUGCAGGUGUGUAAGAGAGAGUACCUUGUCAUUAACUGUGGUUGUUACGGGGCACAGUAGAUCUCUUGAGCUUGGAUUUAUGCCUGCUGUCAACAGAUAUUUGGUGGACUCACGUAUCUUCUUAAGUCAUCAUGAGGGGCUUCAAGAAAGUUUAUCUGUAGGAAAUCGCUAUCAAUCACAGGCAUUCAGCACCAUGCACCCCUGGACAGCUCCCGGCAGCAGCUUCUUCCGGAACUAUAUGUCCACGUUCCUGUUUCCUGACGGAAGCAUUUGGUAGUUGCAUUCAUAGCUGGGAGGGGGACUGCUUUCCGGAGCCGGUAGGCGUUGCAGAACGAUUGGCAGCAGGGCGGGCCAAUAGAAUCAGGGAACUGUCGAAUGGCGCUGACAGCGUCCAAUAGACUCUGGCGUGGGCGGGGCGUGGGCAGCGGCUUGCAGCCCAGGGGGUCUCUGCUGGUCCGCUGUGGCGGGGUCCGGACGGCGCGGCGGUUGGCGGCAGGCGGCACCGGCCGGAGACUCUGGGGCCUGGCGGAGGAUCUACAGAGUCACAUAGGAGCAGCCUACACUUUGGCCACCACAUCUGCUCAGCCAGCCGUCACCUCACGCCUGCUCUGCACCAGGCCUCGAGCUGCCGGGCAGAGCCAUGAGCCCCCAGCCCUGCGGCUGGGGCCGGUAGCCCCUGAAGCUCUGGUGUGUGACUCCAUGUCUGGUUUGGCCCUGCGGUGACCAGUGUGACCCUGGUGGCCACCAUGACUAAGCUCCUGGUGGCGAAGCUGCUCUGCAUGGUGGGCAUGUUCUUCUUCAUGCUGCUGGGCUCCCUGUUGCCCGUGAAGGUCAUUGAGGCCGACUUUGAGAAGGCACACCGCUCGAAAAAGGUCCUCUCUCUGUGUAACACCUUCGGAGGUGGUGUCUUCCUGGCCACGUGUUUCAACGCACUGCUGCCUGCAGUGAGAGACAAGCUGCGGCAGGUGCUGAGCCUGGGCCACAUCAGCACGGACUACCCGCUGGCCGAGACACUCAUGAUGGUGGGCUUUUUCCUCACCGUGUUUGUGGAGCAGCUGGUGUUGACCUUCCGCCGGGAGCGGCCGCCUUUCAUCGACCUGGAGACCUUCAACGCGGGCUCGGACGCAGGGAGCGACUCGGAGUAUGAGAGCCCGUUUGUGGGUGCGGGCGGCCGUGGCCGCGGGCUGUACCCCGAGCCCACAGCGCACACACAUGGUGCAGGGCUGCGGCUGCGGGAGCUAGGACGCCCUGGCCCGCUGCGGCUGCUCAGCCUGGUAUUCGCGCUGUCGGCACACUCGGUGUUCGAGGGCCUGGCACUGGGGCUGCAGGAGGAGGGUGAGCGUGUGAUCAGCCUGUUUGUGGGUGUGGCUGUCCACGAGACGCUGGUGGCCGUGGCCCUGGGCAUCAGCAUGGCCCGCAGUGCAGUGCCGCUGAGGGACGCAGCCAAGCUGGCAGUGACUGUAAGCGCCAUGAUCCCCGUGGGCAUCGGGCUGGGCCUGGGCAUCGAGAGCGCCCGCAGCGUAGGCAGCAGCGUGGCCUCGGCGCUGCUGCAGGGCCUGGCCGGUGGCACCUUCCUGUUCGUCACCUUCCUGGAAAUCCUGGCUAAGGAGCUGGAGGAGAGGAGCGAGCAGCUGCUCAAGGUGCUGUUCCUCGUGCUGGGCUAUGCCGUCCUGGCCGGCAUGGUCUUCCUCAAGUGGUGACGGCACUCGCCUGCCUGUCACCUGCUGCCCACCUGAGCUGUGGGUUUCCACAGGACACACAGGUCACGUUCUGCGCCAGCCGCACUCCAGGGCCACGGCCCACACGGGGCUUCCCGUACUCCACCCACUGAUAAUGCUUUCAAAAGAAGUCUUAAAGUUCUUUACCAAAGCCUUGUGGCCAUGUCACCUCAUGUCCCCGUCACUCCACCUGUCCCUGCCAACACUGCUGAGCCACCAGGGAUGGAGUGUGGGGAGCUGCUGCACCCUCCACCCCAUGUUCCCAACAUGUUCUGUGUAGCCCAGGCCCUGCCCGCCAUUGUCACCCAAGUUUUUCCAGCUGCUCCAGCAUGCCGUGUGACAGGUGCAUCAAAUGAGCAAGGAACUCCUUCCCAGGGGACAGCCCAGUGCUGGCCGGGCCCUCAGGAACCCACUCUUGCUUCCAGAGUGGAUGGGGACCGCGACUCCAGGGCCAAGCAUGUGGUCUCCUGGGAGGGAGUGGGACGUGGGGAGUGGCUUGGUGGUCACGUCUGAGUUAUGUCCUCACCACUGGGGUCUCCAGAAAACACAAGGGGAGACUCCCAGGAUGCGGGCAGGAACUCAGCUCCUAGCAACCAUGGUGCCUGUUGCCGUGGCAACACCAGCAUCCUGGGACAACCUGAGUGAGAACUCUUCCUCUGGGGACUAAGGCUGGCACAGCCUACCCCUUUUCAUGACCUUGGCUCUGUCCACCAGGCACCACCUCAACAUUGUCCCCUUGGUGGCUGGAUGUCAGACUCCUAUCUAGUGCCACAUCACCAUGGCAAGGCGACCCCUGCCUGGGUCCUACUCAGAAGAUAUGAAGUACAAAGAACAGGGCUUUGGGGGCAACUGGGCCUUAGGCAGUGUCCCCAGAGCCCCAGGGCCUGGGCCACCUCAGUGCUGUAAUAAGCCAGGGUUCACAUGGCACUUCCAGACAUCAGGGCAUGCGGGACCCGGUGCCUCCAGGGAGGGACCAACUGUUGCGACCAUGAAGUCUAACCCCGUCUCUGCAGGUGUGGGGACAAGCCCACAGUGCCACCUGGCACGCCCCCGGUGCUUUUCUUCCACCCUCCACGUAACACCCAUGGGACAUCUAAGUGUUCCACAUCUUCCCUUGAGCCCAGGUGAGCCCUCAUGGAGCCACCGUGCCAGCGCAGGUGUGGGCGUAGGUGACAAAAGACCAUACCCGAGUAGGAUGCACCUGAUCCCUGUCUGACCAUCCCAGCAGGAAGACUGUACCCCCUAUGGCUGCAUUAAGUGGGACCCUCUUCCCAGCACCAACUACUCUGCCCCUGGGAACACCAGCAAGCCUGUGUGCCUGUCACCAUGGACCUGGUCCCCUCCCCAUCAGUCCUAUGAGUCUCUGAGAGUCAUCCCAAGCACCAGCUCCCUGGCAACUGUGGGAGCUUCUGCCUCCCCUACAGACCUUCGGGUCCAGGUAGCAGCAUCCUUGGAGGGGUGGGGAUCCCAGGCCCAGGAGACACCCGCCAUCACUCCUCAGGCCUGCCUGGCCACGUGUAUAGUGGGCAAAGAAGUGGGCCUGGGAACUCAGGAGGCCCUUGGGCUCCCCGUGCUGUGGACUAGGAUGGGAGCUUGUGUCAGUGAAACCAGUCACUUCUCAUAUUGGAGUGCAAAGAAGCAGGGUGAGCAUCCUGCCUGGCACCACAGUGACCCCUUGCUGGGGUGGUCCCUCUGACUGUAGCAGGUAUGACUGGAGAGGUAGUACCGCCCAUGGCCACCCACACACACCACACCGCCUCCUGUGGGGGUGGGGCGGGCGGCCCCACUUCACUGCUGAUGUGUAAUAACAUGUCAGCCUCUCAGGGCUUGUUUGUGUUCCGCUAACAGAAGUUAUUAGUGCGGCAGGCGAGAUCAGCAGGCAGCUCCUGGCGCCCUGCCUCUCUCGCUGGUGCAGGGGCCAGGAGGGCCGUUGCCUGCAUCCCACCCGCCAAGGGAGCACCUCAGUCUGUGUUCCCCCAUGGGGGGGUGCUGGGGCCUUCUGGGUGUCUGCGGACUCCACCUGCCCUCACCCAGGAGCUCCCUGAUGUGGGACAAACAUGCGUCCCAGGUGUCUCCCUGAGUCUUCCAGGGGAGGGGGGUCACACAUGUAAGUCGUCCCCAUGCCGCCGUGAACUUAGGAAGCUGCCAUUCAGCUGAGAGAAAUGAAAUGAACAUGUCAGUAUCAUCAGACACUGUCCCCACAGAAGGAAGAAAAGUCAAGGGACAAGGCUGAUAAAGAACUCAGUGGGCAAGGGGGGAGUUGUCUAUUUAUGGUGACAGAACUGACUCCUGCCAAUUGUCCUGCUCAGUGGCACCUGUGCAGGCACAGGUGUGUGUUCCCCCCAUGUAAAAAAAAUUAAGGGUUUUUUUUUUGAUUUGGGGGGUUUUUACUUUGUUUUUGUUUUGAGACAGGGUUUCUCUUUGUAGCCCUGGCUGUCCUGGAACUCACUCUGUAGCCCAGGCUGACCUCGAACUCACAGAGAUCCUCCUGCCUCUGCCUCCAGAGUGCUGGGAUUAAAGGGAUGCGCCAUAACCACCCAGCUAAGAAAAUAGUUUUUAUUUGAUCCUACUGUACCUAUUGGUUUCGUGGGAGCCUAGGCAGUUUCGUGGAUGCUCACCUUAGUAGACCUGGAUGGAGGUGGGUGGUCCUUGGACUUCCCACAGGGCAGGGAACCCUGAUAGCUCUUUGGGCUGAA